UCUCAUCCGCUCUAAACAACCUCAUCAAAACUACUUUCUGGUCAGAGAGAAGCAAUAAUUAUUAUUAACAUUUAUUGACGAUCAAUAAACUUGAUUGCAUUAUGGCCAGCACUAUUAAGGAGGCCUUGUCAGUCGUGAGUGAGGACCAGUCACUAUUUGAGUGUGCCUACGGAACACCACACCUGGCUAAGACAGAGAUGACCGCAUCCUCUUCCAGUGACUAUGGCCAGACAUCCAAGAUGAGUCCCAGAGUCCCUCAGCAGGACUGGCUGUCUCAACCCCCGGCCAGGGUCACCAUCAAGAUGGAGUGCAACCCUAGUCAGGUGAACGGUUCCAGGAACUCACCCGAUGAAUGCAGUGUGAGCAAAGGCGGGAAGAUGGUGGGCAGCCCGGAUACCGUGGGCAUGAGCUACGGCAGCUACAUGGAGGAGAAGCACAUGCCGCCCCCCAAUAUGACCACAAAUGAACGCAGAGUGAUCGUCCCUGCAGAUCCUACUCUGUGGAGCACAGACCAUGUGCGGCAGUGGCUGGAGUGGGCGGUGAAAGAAUACGGCCUUCUCGACGUGGACGUCUUAUUAUUUCAGAAUAUUGAUGGGAAGGAGCUGUGCAAGAUGACCAAGGAUGACUUCCAGAGGCUCACUCCGAGCUACAACGCCGACAUUCUUCUCUCACAUCUCCACUACCUCAGAGAGACUCCCCUUCCACAUCUGACUUCUGAUGACGUUGAUAAGGCUUUACAAAACUCCCCACGGUUAAUGCAUGCUAGAAACACAGGGGGUGCAGCUUUUAUUUUCCCAAAUACUUCAGUAUAUCCCGAAGCUACGCAAAGAAUUACAACUAGGCCAGAUUUACCUUACGAGCCUCCCAGGAGAUCAGCCUGGACCGGCCACAGCCAACCCAACCCUCAGUCCAAAGCUGCUCAGCCAUCUCCCUCUGCAGUGCCCAAAACUGAAGACCAGCGUCCUCAGUUAGAUCCUUACCAGAUCCUGGGACCCACCAGUAGCCGCCUUGCUAACCCAGGUAGUGGCCAGAUCCAGCUGUGGCAGUUCCUGCUCGAACUCCUGUCUGACAGCUCCAACUCCAACUGCAUCACCUGGGAAGGCACCAACGGAGAGUUCAAGAUGACAGACCCAGACGAGGUGGCUCGGCGCUGGGGGGAGCGAAAGAGCAAGCCCAACAUGAACUAUGAUAAACUCAGCCGCGCCCUCCGCUACUACUACGACAAAAACAUCAUGACCAAGGUGCACGGCAAGCGCUAUGCCUACAAGUUUGACUUCCACGGGAUCGCCCAGGCCCUGCAGCCCCACCCUCCCGAGUCAUCCCUGUACAAGUACCCCUCUGACCUGCCGUACAUGGGCUCCUAUCAUGCCCACCCCCAGAAGAUGAACUUCGUGGCUCCCCACCCUCCAGCCCUCCCAGUCACCUCUUCCAGUUUCUUUGCUAGCCCGAACCCAUACUGGAAUUCACCAACUGGGGGCAUCUACCCGAACACGAGGCUCCCAGCCGGCCAUAUGCCCUCUCACCUGGGCACCUACUACUAGAGACCAGACGGAGGCCUUUCCCAACAGUGUACAAUUGCCUAGCAGUCGCCACACACUCAGAGAACACAAAUCAAAAGUGCCUCCUGAGGAAUGGCAAUGGUUGGCCAGAGCUGGGGAAGGAAACCAGGGAAAGAAAACCAAAGACUCGCAGGGGAGGGUGGGCACCCCCCAAGUAUUACUACAGAAAUAGAAGCAGCUCAAAAUAGACUGUACAUGGACAUAUAACCUGUGGUCCACCCUCGUCAAAGACAUUGUAUGUAGAGAAGCAUGACCCAUGAGAACAACUCCCCAAGGAAGUGGCCUUAAGUAGUGUACAAACUGUAGAGUGUGGGACCUUGCUUGUACCUACCAGGAUUCAGUGAAAGCAAUAGAACAGUAUCAGUCUUGGCCUAACACACCAUGUAUGAUGUCAUUUGAAGGGAAACUACCUGUGUUUAAAACCAGAAACCAUAUCAAAACCAAAGAAGAAGACUAAAUAAAUAAAUAAAUAAAUAAAAUGGCGGCCCGUCCACAGACCACAUUGGCUGUGGACUUUCUUGGCUGGCAUUUGCUGUUUUCAUUGAAA